GGGCAGGGGAAUGAUGCCGUUUUUGUUUGUGUGUGUAUGUAGAUGUAUUAUUUGUAUCCACUUUUCCAGAAGUAACUAACUACACCAGUGAUUGUGUUGGUUAGCGUCACAUCUAUGGUGGAACAAUUUGGAGGCGGUGGUUUCCUUUUAACUUUCACUUUCAGCUUCCUCAAACAGAUUCUACUUAGAGCUAGCGAACUGUACUUAAAGCCAGCAGACUACGCCUGUGUUUUUAACAGCGUUAUGUUUAGCGAAAGCAGCUUGAGUUACCUCUCGUUCAUGAGUAAGAUGUGGCCGCGUGAGACAUCCAGGACACUGGCCGGUUGCUUGUGUGUUUUUCUGGCUGUCGUGUCCGCAAACUCCGAGACUGUAUCCUACAAGAAGGUGGGCGACGAAGCUGUUCUCAGACCAGGUAUCAGCGUUGUGACGGGCAUCACCAGCAUCAAUUGGAAACAGGACGGUAACAUUGCCGCCGACUGGGAAGGAUCGGCAACCGAUUUUUAUCGUCAGUUCAUAGUACGCGGUAGCCUGAACACGACAAAUGGAGAGCUGACAAUCACGGGACUGAUUCCAAUUGACAGUGGAUUGUACACAUCAGAAAUCAACAGCGAGAAGAAGACUCCAGAUCUCCGUCUCUUUGUCAUCUCUCCCGUCCCGAAACCCACUGUCGGCAUAUCCUGUGACAACGAGAGCACCAGCUGCACUCUGACCUGUGAUGGAAACACCACGGGCGCUGAACCGGUCACCUACAGGUGGAGGCCAGGCGACGAUGUGUGGACUAAAUCUCAGGAGCUACACAUUACAAAGACCGGCAACUCGAGUGUAAAGGAGUUCAGCUGUGAGCUGUGGAAUCCGGUCAGUGAGGACAGCAGCCUACCCAUCCCCAACCCUCUCCACAAAGGACUGCUGAACAUUGUCCCGGGAGUCAUGAUGUUCAUCGCUCUGCUGGUCGCUCUGCUGCUGCUGGUCGGCUUCCACAAAUGCAAAACAGGAAUGUGGUUCUUCCAAAAAACAUCCAUGCCAUGCGACUCAAACUUCUGGAGGAAGCACGAGAGGCCACCAACAGAUGCUGCUGAACUUAAUGGCACAACUGUCAAAGAGAAGGAGUGCACGGACGAGGAAGCACCAUUGUCAAAGUGACGUUAGGACCCGUCCGGUGUAAAACAAGACGAUCGGCAGUAAAGAAGUACACAUUGGAGUGGUCUGUCCUGUGGUUUUAGUACAUGUCAUGAAAAAAUCCCUUCAAGAAUAGUGUCAGCUCCAUUCCCUCUAACCUAGAAUAGAAAGAUCCGUCACAAAGGAACGGAGCCAGAUGUUAUUGCUCUGUUACAAUCUUGAAAAUACUUUCUUUUUGUCCUGCUGCAUGUUUUGAACAGAUUCCAUUCGUGUCUCCAGCUGCUAUUAACUGCCUUAUGUCCCAUGUAUUAAUACAGCAUUUAAAAGACACUAUGAAGGGGAAUAUUAAAGUUAUUUAUCACAAAAUAAAAAAGGGACAAAAAGUCCACAGUUGCGGUGGAGAACCAAAUAAAUAGCCCAGAGAGGCACAGCGGGGCCUCAAAGUUUAGACAAUACCAGGAAGCUCUGCAGGGUGGCCUCUUCUGUAGCGGACGUGCAACAGGCCCCGAGUCAUUCAAACCCUGUUAGCGUAGUGUUUAUUGUGGCUUAACGUGUCUUGGGAAAUAAAGAAUGUAUAUAAAUGGAGUGUUUUUAUAUGGGAUAUGUUUAAUAAAAGCACUGACUAUCAA